AUGCUUCACACACUCUACCUUCGCGCCCUGCGCAUCAUUGGAGUCUACGUCUAUUCCAACUGGACAUGUGCCCUUACAGAUGAGUUCUGGCACCAGGAGGAUGUCGAGUGGAGUCGCUUUACUAGAGCCAACGGCUUCAUCAAGGAGGAGGCUUUCCUCACAAAGAGCUUUAUCGUCACACUUGAGCAGGGUGAUUUUAUUACCCAGUAUGACGCCCUGGGAGCAUCCGACCCGCCUCACUUCAAUUUUCGUCUUGUGUUUGACCCUUCUCCGUACCCGCCUCGUGAGCAAUGGAAGGACACCGCUCGACCAGCUGCAGAUGCUCUGAAAUUUUGGGAAUGGAAUGAAUUUUGCAGUCGCCAGAAGGAGCAGAAUCCCAGUACCAUGAACUGGAUUCUACAGUUCAUGGCCGGCUCGAAGAAGUGGCUUUGCUGA